UCAUCACCUGCGCAGUGUUUCUCUAAGAAAUAAUACAGAAAUACUGUAAUUACAACAAAGUGAAACAUUGUGCUGCAGAAAAAUGGCCCGUCAAUUGUUUGUUCUUGCACUCAUUUUCCUCGCCGUCGCAGGAGCGGUGGCGGCCAAUUCCUCGCCGAGCAGCUCCCCAUCGUCAUCGCCUGCACCUAAAUCAUCUUCCCCAAAAGCUGCACCAUCGCCGAAGGAAAGUAAGACCCCGGCCGCCACCCCAAAAUCCUCGCCAGUGCCUGCACCUAAAUCAUCAUCCCCAACACCGGCACCAAAAUCCUCCGCCCCGAAAUCCUCUGCCCCAAAAUCCUCGAGCCCCGCUUCCUCUCCUCCUACCAACUCAUCCACCCCAGCAGAGUCCCCCGAGGAUGAGCCCUCAUCUCCACCCGCCCCCAGCAGCCAAGCCGGUUCUCCUACAGCCACCACCAGCAACUCCAGUGCUCCAUCAGCUUCGGGACCCAGUGCUGACGCACCUGCGGCCGACAAUAACGGUGCCGCCUCAUUGAAAAUCUCUUCUGCUGUUGCGGCUGCCGUGGCAACCGGAUUCUUCCUCUUCUAAGCAUUCUCAAUGCAAACGCUUAUAGCAUGUUCGGCCUAUGGGAGCAAGGACAAACAUGCAGAAUCUUUGUUGGUUUCAAAUUUACUAUUUUAUCUUUUAUUAGUAAUACGUUUUUGAUAUAACCAUGCCAUUAUAGGAAGUCAUAGUCGGAGGUUACCUCUUUGAAUAUUCUUCCAUAAUUUGUAAUUCUUCGGGAAAAUUUUGGGGGCCUUCAAACAUAUUUUGAGAACCUGUUUUAGUCCUUUGUAAUUUAAUUAUAUAAUAAUGGCUAAGGAAAAUUGUCCUCUUGAAAUU